AUGGAGAACUCUCUCGAAAUCACCGACUCCACCGACUGGCUCGGCACCCCUCUCCAGCUACUUGCGCCGCUUGAGUCCGCCCUCAGAUGUCAAGUUUGCAAGGACUUUUUUGACACCCCAAUGAUCACCUCGUGCUCCCACAGCUUCUGUUCACUAUGCAUUCGUCGUUGCCUUACUGCCGACAACAAGUGUCCUAUCUGCCGCGAAGGGGAUCAAGUACUUAAGCUACGUCGCAAUUGGGCAGUGCAAGAACUCUUGGAUACGUUUAAGACAGCGCGACCUGCUGUGAUGGAAGUUGCCCAGAAGUUCAAGGCGCUCAAGGAACAGGAAGAAAACCAGACCCUAGAGCCACAGCCCAAAAAGCGCAAGGCGAAUCACACAGAGCAGUCCGGGGAAUCUUCCCUGGUGGAGGCUAGUCCACCACGACUGCGGACAAGGUCAAGAGGCGCCAAAGCAGUGCCACAUGAGCCAGAAGUUGUCCCGGAAGUCAUUGAGGACAGCCAAGGCGAAGAAGAAUAUAUACCAGAGGGCAUGGCUGUCUGUCCUGUAUGUGAACGGUCUAUGAAGAUAGAAGCAGUCAGCCGCCAUAUCGACAAUUGCCUUGCCGAACAAGAAGCAGCGGAAACUGCAGCGAGACAGAAGCACACGGCUUUCGGACUUCUCCAACGCCAACAAAAUUCACCCUCAAAACAAUUAGAUAGGCUUCCCACCUUGAACUACGACCUUAUGAACCCGAGCCAGCUGCGAAAAAAGUUCAAAGAGCUCGGAAUUCCAACAGAGGGGGCCAAGGACCUCAUGAAAAGACGGCACACAGAAUGGGUGAACCUGUGGAAUGCAAAUUGUGACUCCCAAAAUCCUAAGUCGAGAAUGCAGCUUCUCCGCGAGUUGAGAGUUUGGGAAGAUACGCAAGGCGGGGGCUCAGUGAUGACAGUUCCUGAUAGAAACGCGGUGACCGGCAAGGAAUUUGAUGCGGCUGGUUGGUCUGCAAAUCAUAACGAUGACUUUAGACGCCUCAUCGCAAGCGCUCGCAGGAAGACUGAUGCCCAAGUAAGAUCCACAAUUCCUGGAUCAUCGGGAUCAAACCAACCACCAUCGACACCACCAAGUGGAUUGCAGGGCCAGGUUGCUGAGGAUCUGGGUGAUCGAUGA